AGUUUCAGAAACUAUAUAAAAGAACCUGAAGCAUGUAAUGGAGCUUAGACAGAAUUAGUGUGGUCAAGAUGUUUUUACCCAAAAUAAAUGUGUUAGCUGUUCUUUUGUUUUUAAUUGUUAGGGCCAGAUGUCAAGAAUAUGACUUUGGAGCAGAAAUUUCACGUCAAUGCUUGGUUCCAGAUCCUGUAGGUCUACUGGAUUGCGUGGAGAAUAGAGUUACCUUACCGUACCUGAAAAGUUGGGUGGACUGCACAAACAGCCUCGGAGAAAAUGUCCAGACAUCUGCUGAUAUCAUCAAUUACCGUUGCAAGAGUGUUUGGGAAGGAAAAGGUGUUAUACCCGAAGUAUUUUAUAUCAAGGAUUGUGUCAUAGAAAAAACUGGUUUACCUCCUAAAAAUGUAUCUGCAGAAGUUCUUGGAGCAUAUAAGGAAUGCGAAAAAUCGCCUACUCCACCUGGACAAAUUUCAUCGAGAACUAAAUCUGCUCCUUUACAGCAACAGCAGGUAGCCGUUGCACCACCGCAGCAAGUAUCGACUGUUAAAACUGCAACACUUCCAAUACCAGCUGCUCCUGCAGUUCAGCCAAUAACUGUUGUUGGCGCCGCUCAGCCUCAACAACAGCAGUAUGCAGCGAUAAGAUCCAAUGGCGUACCUCAAAUGCCGAUGCGCCAGCCUAUCUCACAACAGUAUUUUAUUAUGUACCCAAUGGCACCAAUGCCCAUUCAACAAAGUCUAAGAACAUCAUCAGUAACUUAUCAACAAAAUCCAAGCAAUCAGCCCUUAUCACAACAGCAAGUGCCAAUAUCGAGUGCAGCAUUUUCUUCUCCACGGCCAUCAGCAGCAACUGUGUCAAAUCAGCAAACUAUCAAGACACAACAACAGCCAGCUUCUUUUGUGAGCCAGCAACAAGUGCCAAUGCAGUCAUACGCUCCACAAACUCUGCAACCAACCCAAAACUUUCCAAUGUUUGGUUCAAUACCAAAUGGAGCCUAUUACUAUGGCUUCGAAAUACAUCACCCACAGAAGCAAAUUUAAAUAGUGAAAUGAAAUAAAAUCAUAUUAUCAAGUA